AUUUAUUCAGCGUUAGGCUAGAGUUUCAAACUGCAUUGUUCAUUUCAAGAGGCAAUUUUUUAUUAAUUCAUGGUCUUACACCGUUCAUUUUACCGUUAGGAAUUUAUGUCGUUAUUCACGUUCGUCAUUAAUGUCGCAGAGUUGAGUUAAGAUUGCAGUGAGUUAAUUUUAUAUAAGAAUGGACACACAGCCACACAAAAUGCCUGGGGACAUUGUACAGACUACAGAAGAAAGUAAAAGCUACCAGGAUUCAGAAAAUGACAAAGGCUUGGAGGCCAGGGACUGCAAGACAGAACAAAACAACAAUAAAAAUAACAGCAAUCAAAAAAGUAAGCGACCGAGCCUCAGGGACCAACUUCUGCGAGAGUCAGAGUCUUCCUCCUUCCAGUCGCCUGCCACGCAAAAUGCUAAGUCUUGGGAGGGAAAGAAACACAGUCAGGAUGGAGAGUUACAAGAGGAACAAGAGAAAAGAACACGCAGCCAAAGAAAGAGAAAGUACCAGAACUAUAGUCACUACAUAGACGAGAGCGAUGCCCUGGACCUCAGUGGCGACUCGAGUUCUCAAGAGUACAAGCCUUCUGAAGAUGAGGAAAGUGACAGCUCAAAGAAAAGGAAGAGGAUGUCAGGUACUAAGACAAACAUCUUGACACCUAAAGGCAAAGCAGGCAGUAAUCACAAACCAAUGAGGAAACGCAAGAAGACCAAAGUGGCGACAUUACACAACUCUAGCUCGACGAACACUUUGGACAUGCCAGAUAUCUUUAACGAACGCAUGGACUCUCCACCUGCAAAAAUGUCCAGGAAAAAGAAGACCACAAAGAUUUCAGCCAAGAGGAAGAUAGCAGUGAGUGACCAAGAAGAUUCGGACGCAGCAAAUGACUCUGCUGAAGAGGAUGACGAGUCCAGAGCAUCAAAUAAUUGCAAGAAAAGUGAAACAAAGGUUUCAAAUAAAAAUUCUAGAUAUGGCCAGCCAUAUUCAAUUACAGGGAGUUGGUACAUUGCUUCAGGCUAUCUAGAGGACCUGCUGGAGCUUCUGCAGCAGUUUGAGAAUGAGAAAAGCUGGAGAUUUUCUGCGUUUUCUUCUUGCUGGAGAGAAAUGAAGUUUUCUCUCAUAUAUAGGGGCCGUCAAAGUUUCAAGGAGUUAUUAGAGUUUUCAGAAGAAGUUGCAGAUAUUACUAAAAGGUUCCUGACCCCUACCCAGAGCUUGAAGAUGAGAGUGGGAGCUCUUUAUACCUUGUAUGGCCUUUACUAUAAGCAUCCUAUAAGGCACUUCUUCAAGAUACGUAUCGUAAAGGAGGAAUACUACCACCUAAUGGAGUUGGUCGAGCCCUUCCGCUACAAGGCAGAAAAUCCCGAUCCUGCCAUUUUAUUCCGCACUUUGGAGACAGACGGUGCUUUUUAUCACACUGCAACUACACAGGAAAUGUGUUUGGACUUCCACUCUGCCGAACGGGAGGAAGUGGGCCUGAAGUAUGAGCUGCAGCGCAUUGCCACAACGUCUGCUGUUAGCCUAGCCAUGCCCUUGGAUGUUCUUGAUACAGAUGAAGCUCUGAUGCAGCAUUAUGAUAAGCUCAAGACUACUGUUUUAGAUACAAAGACACCAGGAAAAGCUCUAUCAAUGGUGGAUAAAUCGGUCACAUCAGAGGUGAAAAAUGCCAUAUUGAAGCUAAAUGAGGAUCUCUUAGUUGCUGUGGGGAUCAAGAACCCCUCCGGAAGUGCAAGUGAAGCUCAGCAGACAAGCUGGCUGUCCGAUAUAGGGCGACGACGAUCUGAAGUCCGAAACAAAGCUGUCAGCUCAUCCACAGCAGAUGGGUAUGUGAAUAGCCGGGGACUCCUUGCCAAAGAAAAGUGUAACUCCAACCUGAUAUUGAGGGGAGGCAAAAUACAGCACCUUAAAGGCCACAGGACGCAAACCAAUAACCCAACAGAGGAAGGGGUCACUGAUAAUGAAAGUGAUGUGGAUAAGACACCUACCAGCAAUAAAAGCAAAAAAGCACCGAGAGCAUCCCGCAAUAUUAUAGGACAAAUGCUUACUGAUGAGAAGAUUAGAAAUUACAUGAAACCACCAUCAGCAGAGGUCACCAAUAUUCCUUUGAGAUCAAUGGGAACCAUAAAGGCUGCAUCUAAAGCUAAGAGAAAGCAGUACAAACAUAAACUAGCAGAUGAAGAGGAUGCAGAUGACCUCCUCAAGAUGAGUGAAGAGGAUGCAGAUGACCCCCUCAGGAUGAGUGAAGAGGAUGCUGACGACCCCCUCAGGAUGAGUGAAGAGGAGAGUUCAUGUGGCAAAGAUGUAUCCAUUCCAGAGCACAAAAGCAACAGUGGUGGGACAAGAAACCCUCUUAAAGUGCCCAAGACAGAGAAAUGUCCUAAAAGAAGAGGCAGGACUGGAAGGCCACGGGGGAGACCCAGGAAGAUCCCUCUGCCUCAAAAUCCACUCCCAGCCAAAGCAGUUGAUGUUACUCAGUCAGACUCUAACAAUCAGAUUGUAACUCAUGACACAUCAGUUGCAAUGCCUCUAAAGACAGAAGUGCAACAGGAUGACCAGAGGAAUGACAACAACGAUGACCUUAAUAAAUUCAUGAUUUUAAGUGUACAAGUAUCCAGUGAUAACAUUAAUAACAAGUCAAAGAAGUUGAAGAUCUUGAAAUGUGAUUGGAAAGCCAUUUCAAAAGAUGAAAAGAAACUUUUUGAACUGAGAAGAAAGUUACUUGGUUUGAUGUUACCAGGGAGAGAGAUAACAGAUGAUGAUGUGCGAGACAGUUGCACUAAAGUGACAGUCACAGAAUCGUCAGUUGAAAAGGUAGAAAACAGAAACUCCUCAUCUUGCACAAUAAAUGCUAUGGAACAGACACCAGAGCUGAUGUCAGAAACUAUGACUUCAAAAUCUCCCCCAAAUAAGAAGGGGAAAAGUAAAGCCCAGGGCAGCCCUGUCAAGCAAACGGGAGUGUUAAUGAUGCCAGUGAGAGUGGGGGGUGUGACACGUCUCCUUCCAAUGCCAGGCUCUGCAGCAGAACAAAGCAAAGCCAGAAUGUCAAUGUCAAGACCUGACACCAAAACCCCUCAUGUCCCUGUGCCAUUUUGCACUUCAUCUCCAGAGCUUGUACCCUCUAAUCUUCAAAAAAAUGAUGUUCAAAUUUCUACCCAAACAAAUGGAGAUCAGGCAACAAACACUUGUCUACCAGGAGAUGAACUAGAUUCAGUGAUGGAACCAGGAUCUCAGCUCCAUGAGUUAGACUCUUUAAACCUUGAUCCAUUAUUUUUGGAAAGACUGCCAAUAAGGAAAAGAGAAGUUUUAUGCCAUCAAGUCACUACUGAAACUUCGCCCAUAAAACAAAAGAUACAAGGCCACGAUAGUACGGAAAACACCAGGGCAAAAUAUAAAACAGGAACUAUAGCAUACAGUGCAAUGGAUUCAUUUGUGGGUGAUGAGGCAUCAUCACCCACUAGUUACGAAAAUUCUGAUGUGCAAGGGGAUUCAGAUUUCCAAACAGAAGAUCCUUUGUAUCUUUCUAAAAAUGAAGUCACCAACACUAAUCCACCUUUAGGUUCUGAUCAUGUGUAUAUCUCACCAAGGAGCCAAAGAGAGGCUUUAACAAGUACAAAUUCUUUAGAGUCAAUAAAAUUAUUACCAAGGGUGAUACAUGCAAGUGACCCUUGGCUUAACAACCCCUCAGCCAAAGUACCUGCAAUGCCGAUCAUGCAGACUUUAUAUACAAGGGAACAAGCACAGAUCAGUAGACACCAAGUACAAGUACCCCUUCAAGCUGUAAUGCAACACCCUGAUUCGAGUCUAGUACAUUUACCUCAACAUGUUACUAUCAUGUCUGACUCUUCACCCUUUGUGUUAGAGAUGCCUCCACUUGUUCCAGUCCAGGAAAUAGCCACAAGUAAAGCCUUUGCACUUCCCCAAGCAACAUCUGAUUGUGUAACUUUACUUGCACAAGGAGUACCGAGCAGUUCCUUCACAUCACAGCAUGUGGUUAGUCCUCAGGGGUCAGCACAAUCUUGUAGCAGUCCUGUAAGUCAUAUAUCAAGGCCAUCAACCAGUGGUCAUUAUGCAGAAAUGCAGCAGAAUCCUAGCAUGAGAUGCAUUCCAUUGUUAAAUGAGUCACAGUACAUGGCACGAAAUAGUACACCAUCAAAGGUAUCGGAAAUUCCAAAGAUUUUAGAUAUGGCAAUGCAGACCACUCCUUGUAGUGAAAGAUUGACAAAUACAAUAGACAUCAAGGAAAAUGUGGAUGUUGGAGAUGUGAAAAGGGUAGGAGGAAACAUCCAUUCACCAAAUCAGCUGCAGACACCCAGGCAAGUCUCCAGAGUCAUUCCCUUUACCUCUCCCAAGGAAGUAACCAGAGAAAAAGAACUGUCAGGGGAAGCUAGUAACCACAGUUCAAAUGAGCUACCCAAGCAGACCACCUAUAAUUGUCAGCAGGAGAGGCGAGGAGCCCGGAGCAGCCCUGUGUGUACAUUUUUGUACUCUCCAAAAUACAAGGCUCUUUCUAAAUUAAAAGGGACAGGAGGAAUUGCUACUGGCACACCUGUUCAUAUAAAAGACAAGCCUCGAGUCCCUUUCAUUCUGAAGCAUUCACUUGUUCAGAAACGAAAGAAGUAGAUUUAGUUUAUCUCUUCUCUGCUGUUAUUAUUUUACAGCUCUGUCUCUUUUUAAAGAAAAAUAUUAUUAUUUCUAAUUAUGGAAGGAAAAAUAUCUUCUUUUUUUUAGUUUAGGAAAUAUUUUACCAAAUACUCAUGUUAUAUAUUCAGAGAUCUAUCUUAAUAUUUAAGAGGAAGGCUACUCUGCAUUUACAUCUCCAUAAAUAUUCAUAGAAGGACAGGUUGGUGCUGUAAUAGGUCUACGGAGAUUUUUCCCUUCCUUAGUUACUGGUCAUUAGUGUGUAAAUAUAUUUUUUCUCUUUAGAAAUAUUUUUCUUCAUAAAAAACAGAUAUCCUCUCUGUGUCCUGAUUUUUCUUUUCAUUUUAUAGUAUUAUCCGAGGAUAAUGUACAAGAAAUGCCAUUAUUAAUACAAUUUUUCUUCAUGAAUGUUGUAACUUUUAUAUUGAAAUUAUACUUUUUAUAUUAAAGUGGUCUACAAGAACAAA